AUGGAGCCGGCCGUGGCAAGCGAUGGUGGCAGCUUGCGCUUUGCUGUGGGUGCUCGCGUCUCCUGCAACAUGGGGCGCGAAGGUUGGGCGAGUGGCGAGAUCGUGGCUACGCAAUACCGCGAGGAUCAUUGGCCACCAGGGAAGACCGCACCUUACCAGGUCAAGUUGGAUCUUGCCUUUGGUGGUGCAUUGAUCUAUGCUCCAGCUGAUUUUCCACGAGUGAUCCGAGCUGAGCUUCCCAGCACAUUCUCCAUACCGGAGGAGGACAGCAACCCCGAGCGAACCCUGGAAGUCCUGCACAAGGAGAUUAUCAGGCUUAGAGACGAGCCGGGGGUAAUCCACGUUUCAGAACCGGAGCUCAUGGGCGUCGCAGAGGAUGGAACGGAGCUCUUCGUCCCCAGAGGCGACACUGGACCAUGGCUUGUGAGAGUGGUCAUCCAGGGGCCGAAGGGGCCGGCAGACUCGCCCCAGGAAAGGAGGCUGCGCCUUCAGGUGAAGGUGAACAGCGCUUAUCCGCUAACGCCUCCGGAAGUUCGUAUCCAGAGCUGGCUGCAUCAUGCGCUUGUGAAGCAGGAUGGGGUCGUGGACGAGGCAGCCUUUGCUGAAGCUCUUUCGAAGCUGGAGGAAGACAAAGCGGACGACAGCGCUUCAAGACUGUGCCGCACGAUGCGAGCCGUCCUGCUUCUGUUGGGGCAUCCUGAGCAGUUGUCUGAAAUUGCUGACAUGGAUGAUAUUCAGGAUGCCGCGGAGGCGAACGCUAAGUGCUUGAAGACGAUAUCUGAGUAUGGGAGUCUUCGUUGUCAUCAGUUCCUCUUCAACGAGGAGGAGGCCUUCUCCAAGGACAUGUUCGACCCACGAUUCUGGACGGCAUAUGCAGCGAACACAGCGGAGGCAUGGUCUUCUAUACUGACCGAGGAGGCGUCGGAGGUUUAUUCAUUUCCAAUCUUCGCCGAAGGCUUUUGCAAGGAUUUCGUUGAGGAGCUAGACAGCUUUCAUGCCAGCGGGUUGCCUGCCCGUCGCCCAAACAGCAUGAACAACUAUGGAGUUGUGGUGAACGAGAUUGGCAUGGAGCCAGCUCUGGACAGGCUCGUCCACAGCUUCUUGCAGCUGGUUGCACAUCACCUUUUCCCUGGCGUUGGGUCUCACUUUGACCGGCACCACACCUUUGUCGUGCGGUACAAGGUCGGCGAAGAUCUGGGCUUGGACAUGCACACCGAUGACAGCGACGUGACCUUCAAUAUCUGCCUCGGCAAGGAUUUUAAAGGUGCUGGGCUUCAGUUUUGCGGCAACCAGGGUGCAGCUAAUCACCGACACGCAAGCCUUUUGUACCAGCACAAGCUUGGGCAUUGCGUUGUGCAUCGUGGCCAUCGCCGUCACGGCGCUGAUGACAUUACCGAAGGCGAGCGGCUCAAUUUGAUAGUUUGGACUCGCAACAUUGAGUACCGGAGAUCUCGCGAGUGGUCGCGAUACAACCUGCAGCUCCAAUCCUCGGGGUAUCGCCAAGAGAGUGGGCCUCCCGAUAAGGUUUGUUUGUCAUACACCCACGACCGCGACUAUGGAGUGUUCAAGGAGUACAAGACCCAGAAGAUGAUGCAAAACUGUGGGAGAGGCUGGUGUCCUCCACGACAUGCGGAAUAUCCGGACUUCUUGCCCGAAGAAGCGGCAGAAGCAAGCUUUGAGUGGGCUUCAUUCGUGCUCUUUGGUUCAAAGACUCGCAAAUUCAACAGCCGUAGAACCGCAAGCAAAUCUGUCUACACCCGACGUACACGAUCUACCAUUGAAUGUUUCGAGCUUGGCACCAAUUUGCUGUACAAGGUCUUUGCAAAGAUGGGAACUCCUUCAGGCUCCAAGAAUCAAAACCUUUUUAUGGAUCGCCUUCUGGGCAAGGAUGUCAGGUCUUUCGAUGGAGGAGCCUACAUGGGCCCAGGCGUGGCAGGAGCAGAUCUUGGAUAUCAAGCACAGAAAGAGAAGGAAAGACAGCUGGAGAAGGCCCAGAAGCACCAGGAAGUGAGCGAGUUUCGCAGAGCUGCUUCUGAUCACAGGAUUGACAAGGCGAUGACAAAGACAGACAAGGUCGCGCAGACGAUCUCAGGGCCCGAGGUCGGCCCGCAAGUUGGCCCCCAGGCCAAGAAGCGGAUGCCAAGCUUUGUCAAAGUAAAGAGCAAAGAAGAUGUCUUCGACGAGAAGAAGGCGGUGGGCACGGAGUGCGCGGUCGGCACGGUAUGUGUCUACUACCUGGAUAUGCCGAAGCGUUUCAAGCUCUCCUCGCCCGUGUUGGCAGAUCUGCAGUGCCAAGUAGCUGCUGGCUUCCCUAAGCUUACGGAGGAAUGCUUCAGCAGCACCUUGAGCAUCCGGCUUUUGUGGCGUCACAAGACUGGCGAGUCUCACAUUUGUGAUGAUGCAGCUCUAUCUAAAGCCUGGCGCGCUGCUGGUUGUGACCGUGGUGGCGAGCUAUCGCUUCAAGUUUGCCAGAACUCCGACCAGAUUUCCACUGCAGAUGUCGCGGAUCGCACUUGUCAGCGAUGUGGCCAAGAAUUCGCAUCCAGAAACCAACUCAUGCGACACGUCUUCAGCGCUGGCCAUUAUGCAGACGAAGAUCAAGCUGCCCAAGCUGAGAUGGAUGAUGUGCCGUUAGAUGUACAUCCGAAUUCCGAAACACGGAAUGGGUCCGAAGCCUGGGACAUGUACUACAAGGACUUGCCCGACUUCGCGCAGGUCAAGAAGCUCAUGCAGACCACUCUGCCCUACUGCGUGCGGCUCGCGGACCCUAAGUCGCCGCUUGCGCAGCUCUGCCUCCAGCGCUUGCAAAGCGAGGCUCGCCUCGUCAGGGCUUUGAACCUCAGCGAGGCAGAAGGACUCGACGGCUUCGCGCUUGAAGGCCCUGGAAAGACCUGCUGGAGCUUUCUGGAAGCAUGCCAGGAUGCGGGGGCACUGGCUAGACAAGAAGCUGCAAGCAUGCUUCCUGUUUUGCUCCUGCAAGUCGAGCAACACCACAUCGUGGCUGACCUUUGUGCUGCGCCGGGCUCCAAAACCUUGCAGCUUCUCGACAUGAUGAACAUGGGUCGCUCCCCAGGUGGCGUGCCUUGUGGUCUUCUCGUUGCUAACGACGACAACUGGGCGCGCUGUACCACGGCUGUCCGGCGCGUGCAGCAGCACCCCAACUCGGCACCACUGUUGUGGCUCUGCGGAGAUGCGCGGGACUUCCCAACGCUACAUGAUCAUUCAGACGGCCGGGUACGGGGAGCGCGCAAGAUCCGCUUCGACCGUGUCUUGUGUGAUGUUCCUUGUUCAGGUGACGGCCGCUUGCGUCGCGCCCCUGGUAGCUGGCCGCGAUGGCAUGCUCGCUACAUGCUUCAAAUGCACUAUGUGCAAAGUGCCAUCCUGAAGCGCGGGCUGACAGUUUUGAAGCCGCAGGGGCGACUGCUCUACUCGACGUGCAGCAUGUCGCCGGUGGAGAACGAGGCCGUUGUGGCAGCUGCUCUGGAGAAGCUGGGCUCCGGGCAAGUUCGUCUGCUUCCGCUGGAGACCUGGAGCCAUGCUGCGGGCAUGACCGAGUGGAGAGUCCCUGCGCCUGACUUCAACGAGUCCUACCGCAGCUACAGCCACCCAGAGGAGGUGGAGCCGGAGCUCUGGUGCCGCAAUGGCGGAGGCCUGGCUUCCACAAUGUUUCCGCCGGCUGACCCGCAGGUGCGAAGUGCCUUGAGCCUGUGUGUCCGGAUCCAUCCAACCCAUGGAGAUUUCGGAGGAUUCUUCUGCGCACUGUUCGAGAAGGUGGCAGCGGGUCCAGCCACACGGCCCACCUAUUGUGCGCAACCCCGGGUCGACGGGGAACAGUCGGCGGAGUCACGCAGCACCAAGCAUGGCAAGCGCUCGGAGUCAGAUGCAAUGCCAAAUCCAAUUCCACCACUUCUGCCCAUGGCAACAUCGAGCAGACUAUCAUGGUUCAUGGACUGGUUUGGGCUGUUGUCGGAUGCUUCGCAGGCAGAAGCUCGAGGAGUGUCUCGCUUUCCUGCAGAGCUUAUUCGCACAGACCCGAGCUUUCAAGACGGGCUGGUUCUCGGCAGUCCAUCGCUGUGCCGGCUAGUUCUCAAGCAUGCACGGCCCCGCAUCCUUGCUGCUGGGAUACCUCUGCUAGCUGCAUCAGAGACAUCCAUGACGGAGCAAGAUGUGAACGACCAUGUGGACCUUGCCGACAGUGCCUGCAAUGUUUUGGCUGACUGCGCUACACGGCAGCUCGAAAAGCUGCCUUGGCCGGCCUUUUUGACCCUGCUUCAGGGUGGAUCUGUGACCCCUCAGCUCGAAACGAGUGCAACUGGAAUCCUCCUGCUGGUUCUUGACACGGACACUGUACCGGAUGAACGCGUUCAGUGCCAGCAGAUCAGCGUUCCGGGUCGCUUGACCUCCGGCCACUUUCCCGUUACAACUUUGACCAACUCCAAGCGCCAUGCGCUGCUGCGUGUCCUUGGAGUAUUGACCCAACCUGCCUCCCCACAGGACGCCAUGGCCAGUUCUCCGGCAGAGCGAAAGCCAGAGCUUUGCCGAGAGAAAAUGUUGCUGGAGCUUGCUUCUUCUCAUAUCUGUCCAAGAGCCUCUACCGUGCCGGAUGUAGGCUCCGAGCCUGCGCCUCCGACACUCACUGCGCGUGGCCCACAGUGUCACAGCAUGUUGCAAGCGCCGAAGGUUGGUCGUGAGUGCUCUGAGCGUCCUAGGGCAGCGUCAUCACCAACCUCCUCACCAGCUGGUGGAUCCCUGCUUGGUGGCUACGAGUCCUCAGAUGAGGCAGAUGCCGACAGACACGGCACGUGGGACGUCGCAUUGGGAGCGCCUGCCGUCACAGCCAGCCUUGUGAUUGCAGGAGCUUGCCGUAGAGUGCCAGCCUGUUUGCGGUACCGAUCUGUCCGUUUGCGUGCCGUGCAGGUCGAGAACGGCGGCCAAACGAAGGUCAUGAAUGACAGGGAGAUCCUCAGCAACCUGCAGCGGUGCUAUGGGUGGAGUCCGCGUGACAUGGGUGCUGGAGGCAACUGUCUCUUCCUCUCCAUGGCUCUACAAGUACGAGCCGAGGAUGUGAAGGACGUCGCUUCCAGGUCUGCUGCUUGGGAAGCAGCAUUGGGUGACAAUCUGAUGGAUCGAUGGGAGGAUAUGGGCCCGCGAGAAAGAGCUUCGCUGCUCCGUCGGAUGGCCAUUCUGGAUGAGAGCGAAUUCAUUGCAGAGUUGGCAGCUGCACGUGCGCGUGGCGAGCCAUUGUCCACCGAUGUGGAGUGGCGCACCAGGGAGCUGUUCACUGACAUGGCAGAGGAGUUCAUCUCAAGUAACAAGACCGAGCUUGCAGCGGACAUACCGGGGUGGAAUCGCGAGGCUGCUGCACAUCCUGCGUGGCUCAGUACCCUGUUCUUCAAUCCCAUCACGAAGGGCUUGCCGCACUUUACUCGCGUGUCGUCGGCUCAGGGCCAUGCGUGCACAUCUUCGGGAAACGCUAGCCGCAUGCCAGGUCAGAGGCAGUGUGGUCCACAGGUACUUGCAGACCACAGGACACGGCACGGAGGGCGCCAUCAGGACGUCGAUGCUCUUGGGACACAGUUCUCGCACGACUGGGUGCCGCAAGUGCUGGCCAGCUGGUCGGGAGUUACCCAUCAUGGCCUGCUGCAGAGUUGCAGCACAGCGCGGGAGUGGAAAGCAUGUUUGGCACUGCUCUACGAGGUGAGGUUGCAGAGGCUCGAAGCCAGUCUGGUCCAGAGCAACAUCGCCCUCAAUGCCUUUGGGAUCGAAAGUCCAAUUUGUACCUGGCCUGUGGCACUGUCGUUGCUCGAGUCGCCGAAUCUACUCAAACCAGGCAUCGUGUCUUUCAACAGCAUGGCCAGUGCUUCAGAAAGGCAAUGUCAUUGGGAGGGAGUCUUCUCGAUUCUCGAGCUGGCUCGAACUGCGGGCGCUGAGCUGGACCCUUUCUCUCGGAGUGGCAUGGCCAACGCACUGCGACGUGCUGGUCGCUGGGUUGGGAGCCUGUCGCUGUUGCAGCAGGCUGCACGACGGGGCAUCCGGCAGCACUUGAUCACGAUCAGCUCAGCCAUCACUGCUACGGAAAAGUCAGGAAUCUGGCAGCAAGCACUUUGGACGUGGAUCCAGAUGCAGAUUAGUGGCAUCAGAUCUGACAUUGUUUCUCUCUGCGCUGUAAUCAGUGCUUGCAGCCACCAGUGGGCGACUGCGCUCCUAUGCAGACAGCAUGGAGGUACUUCUGUGGUUGCCUGCAAUGCCGCCCUCAGUGCUUGCGAUCGUGCUUCACGCUGGGAGAGGGCGUCAUCUCUGCUGUUUGGAGCUCCGACCUUGCGAAUCCAGCCGACGACUAUCUCUCACAACGCGCUUCUGGCUGCAUGCGAGAAAGUUCAACGUUGGAAAAUGUCCAUGGGCAUUCUUGUUUUGCUGCAGAGCCAUGGCAUCCGCGCCACAAUGGUCUCGUUGAAUUCCUUCAUUUUUAGCUGCGAGCGGUCUCAACGCUGGGACUGGGCCCUGCAGAUGCUGGGGGCGGUGCAGUCGAGCACCUGUCAGCAAGAUCUUAUCGGCUACAACUCGGCGAUUAGUGCCCAGGAGAAGAGCGGAUGCUGGAAUUGGGCAUGUUGGCUGUUUGCCAGCAUGUCUUCCAAAAGCUGGGCACCAGACGUCAUCUCUUUCGGCGCUGCUGUAAGUGCAACUGAUCUUGCAGGCCGCUGGGCCAACGCGCUGCAGCUCACUACAUCAAUUUCACACACCAUCGCGCAGCGCAUUGCGCCGAAUGUUCUCAUUUGUACGGCAGCUAUGCACGCGUGCCAAGCUUCCACAUGCUGGCAGACCGUUCUCACCUUGAUGGCCUUUAUGCAGAAUUGCGCAGUGCGCCAGAAUUGCGUCACCUUGCACGCUGCGCUGAGCGCAGUGGACAAAGCACGACCACGAGACAGUGCACUCUACCUGGGACAGGAGCUGGCAUCUUCUGCCACAGGAGCACAAGGAGCCAUGGCAUCAAACCAUGGCUACCUGUCGUCGAUUGGCCUCCAGCCGGUGACGAACGUGACAUCGAUUUUAACAUCGCCGGAAGAGAAGGAGUUCGGCCAAAACGGCUCCUCAGCAGCCAAGCCGAAGACAGGUGGCAAGGGCCCGGGCAGUGGCGAGUUCACGACAGCUCAGGAAGUCCGCGACACCUUCGUGAACUUCUUCAAGACGAAACAGCAUGAUUUCAUCGCUUCCUCCCCGGUCGUUCCUCAUAACGACCCAACUCUUCUGUUUAUCAACGCAGGCAUGAAUCAGUUCAAGCCCAUCUUCGUGGGCCAAGUUGAUCCGAGCCAUCCCUUUGCAAAGCUGAAGCGAGCGGCGAACUCGCAGAAGUGCAUUCGAGCGGGCGGCAAGCACAACGACUUGGAGGACGUAGGCAAGGACGUCUACCACCACACUUUCUUCGAGAUGCUUGGCAACUGGUCUUUCGGCAACUACUUCAAGGAAGAGGCCAUUACAUGGGCCUGGGAGCUCCUCACAGAAGUCUACCACCUUGAUCCUACCAGGCUUUAUGCGACCUACUAUGGCGGCGACCCCAAGCAGCCGUCCGUGCCUUCUGACGAGGAGGCAAAGAAGAUCUGGUUGCGAUACCUGCCGGCAGAGCGAAUUCUGCCUUUCAACAUGAAGGACAACUUCUGGGAGAUGGGUGACACCGGACCCUGUGGGCCCUGUUCCGAAAUCCACUAUGACAGGAUUGGUGGACGAGAUGCUGCCAGCAUGGUGAACAUGGACGACCCGGAUGUGCUUGAGAUUUGGAACCUCGUCUUCAUGCAAUUCGAGCGGAAAGAGGGCGGAAGCCUCAUCGAGCUGCCAGCGAAAAGCGUUGACACAGGAAUGGGCCUUGAGCGCGUUACCUCUGUCCUUCUUGAUGUUCGAAGCAACUAUGACACAGACCUCUUUAUGCAUAUCUUCAAGGCCAUCAAGGAGAAGACUGCAACUUCAAAGAACUACACUGGAAAGGUUGGCGACGAGGACAAGGAUCACGUUGACAUGGCCUACCGUGUCAUUGCAGAUCACAUCAGGACUCUCACAAUUGCGCUGACCGACGGUGCAACUCCUUCGAACGAAGGUCGAGGCUAUGUUCUGCGGCGUAUUCUCCGACGUGCCGUCCGAUUUGGGCGCGAGAUCCUGGAUGCUCCGCCAGGCUUCUUCCACCAGCUAGUUGACUCCGUCCUCGAAACACUGGGCGAUGCGUUCCCGACCCUGCGACAAAAUCCAGAAGAUGUGAGGGCGAUUAUCAAGGAAGAGGAAGCGCAAUUCGGAAGAACACUGGACCGAGGAAUUAAGCAGUUCAAGACCUUUGCCAAGAAGGGCUCCAUUACAGGCGAAGAUGCUUUCUUGCUCUUUACGACAUAUGGCUUCCCCGUGGAUCUGACGCAGUUGAUGGGCGAAGAGCUGAAGGUCGAAGUGGACAUGCCCGGCUUUGAAAAGAAGAUGGAGCAGUUCCGGGACGAGUCCAGGAAGCGAAAAACUGCUAGAACGACGAAGGACAUGGAGCUGAAGGCCAAUGAAACAGACAAGCUCAUCAAGGGCAUGAGCUUGAAGCCCACCGAUGAUAUACUCAAGUACGAUUGGAACACCGAGGGCGAUGGCAGCGAGCACAAGGCCAAGAUCCAAGCAAUUUACAAUGGAGAGGAUUUCGUGAAGACCUGCAACAGCGGCUCCGAUGUAGUUGGCCUGGUGCUGGACCGGACCCCUCUGUAUGCCGAGCAGGGUGGACAAACUUUCGACAAGGCUUCGAUCACCUGUGGCAGUGUCGAGUUCAGCGUAGACACCACGCAGAAGUACGCUGGCUAUGUCCUCCAUGUCGGGCAGGUCGAGAGCAAGGGCGACUUGAAAGUCGGUGAUGAAGUAAGCGUGAAGGUCGAUUACACUCGGAGAUCGUUGGUGGCAAAGAACCACACAGCAACACACAUCUUGAAUUUUGCGCUUCGUCAAAUCCUGGGCGAGAAGGUCGAUCAGAAAGGUUCGCUGGUUACAGAGGACAAGUUGCGAUUCGACUUCUCCCACAAUAAGCCAGUGGAGCCAGAGGAGCUGAAAAAGAUUGAGGAAAUUUGCAAUCAGAUGGUGCAGAAAGCUUGCGUCGUGCAUUAUCGCGAUGUUGCUUUGGACACCGCAAAGGCCAUUUCUGGACUUAGAGCGGUGUUCGGCGAAACCUACCCGGAUCCUGUCCGAGUCGUGAGCGUUGGUCCGAAGAUUGACGAUCUGCUUACUGACAAGAAGACUCCAUGGGGUUUGCAAAACAGCGUGGAGUUCUGUGGUGGUACGCACGUGGCCAACAGCAAGGAGAUUUAUAAGUUCGUCUUGCUCCAGGAGGAGGGUAUCGCGAAAGGCAUUCGGCGCAUUGUUGCAGUCACAGGACCUCAAGCAGCUGUGGAGGCGACCCUCAAGGCGAAGAGCCUGAGUUCGGAUUUGGACGGCUUCAAGGGCAUGUCUCCUGGUGCAGAGCUUGACAAAUGCAUUGGCGAUUUACGCCGAAGAGUCACAGAGGACAAAGAGGUCUCGUUGCUCAUGAAGUCCGACAUCAUGACGGAACUUGAAACUUUGGCGAAGGGUUCCCUCAAAGCGGGCAAAGCCGAAACCAAGAAGUUCGAAGGUAAGGCCAAGGAAGACGGCGAGAAGCUGGGCAAGGAAGCCGCAGCAGCAUCUGGCGAGACCUUCGUGGGUGUCGUGCAAGCAGGCGCAGGCUGCGACGACGCAAAGGUCCUAACACCAGCGAUGGAGGCGGCAAUCAAGCAGUGCCCAAGCAAGGCAAUAAUGCUGAUGAGCAACAUGGGUGGAAAGCUCGCAAUUCUGGCUGUUGUGCCCAAAGCAUUGGCUGGCAAGCUCUCGGCGAAAGUCUGGUCCGGCAAGGUCUUAGACGCGAUCGGCGGCAAGGGCGGCGGAAAGGACGACCGUGCGCAAGGUCAGGGAGAUGCAUCGAAGCUAGACCAAGCGCUCAGCACCGCUAAGUCGUAUCCCUGA